AUGAUGUUUUGGAAUAUUAUUUUAAUUACAAUUGGUUUUUAUUUUGGUGCUGGAACAUCUAUAAAUCAUCCAGAUGGAUAUUGUGCACCGUAUAAUGGUAAAAUAUGUAAAAAAUAUUUAACUGGUAUUGGAACAGUAUGGUUUAACGACUCAAUCGAUAAUCCUAGUGGAUGGCUAAAUGAAAAAAUUACAACCGAUUUAUGGGAUGAGCUAAUUCAAAAAUUAACUGAACCAUGUCGUUCUGCUGCAGAGAAAAUGCUAUGUUUUUAUGCAUUUCCUCAAUGUCAAGGAAUUGUUGGACUACCUCUUUGUUAUGAAGAUUGUAUGGCAGUACGACUACAGUUUUGUUUUAAUGAUUGGGCUUUAAUUGAAGACAAUAAAGUUAGAGAGAUUUAUAUAAGAUCUCGUGGACAUUUCAGACUACCGGAAUGUGAAAAAUUACCAAAAAUUUCUAACGAAGAACUGACAUGUUCACAUGUUUCUUUAACAGUUAUGAACAAAAAUCUUAUAACGUAUGAUUGUUAUAAAGAUAAAGGACGUUUUUACAUGGGUAAAAUUAAUAAAACAAAAAGUGGUCUUGCAUGUCAAAUGUGGAAAGAUCAAAAGCCACACAGCCAUGAUGGACCACCAGAUGUCUUUCCACAAAUUCGUUUUGGUGAAAAUUAUUGUCGAAAUGCUGGUGGAGAUGAAAGAAUGCCAUGGUGCUUCACUAUGAAUACCGAUACUAGAUGGGAACAUUGUGAUAUUCCUUUAUGCGAAAAUUCAACAGCUACAAGUAUUAAAAUUGAUCAAAAUGAUUUGACAAUACAAAGUUUCUUAACAUCAAAGUCGAUACUUAUCAUAUCAAUUUUAGGAUUUGUUACUCUAGUUAUUUGUUUAUCAAUAAUUCUCAUUACUCAAAAAUUCUAUAAACGACAUCAAGGUUAUAACCAAACAGAAUGUCAGGAAGUAAAUAUUGAUUUAAAUAAAUUACCAGACAAUGAUGCUUAUCAUAAAACCAGUAUUCAACUAAAUCCAAAAUUAGAAAAACUUGAAUUCCCAAGAAAUAACAUCAUGUAUGUAAGAGAUUUAGGUCAAGGUGCUUUUGGUCGAGUGUUUCAAGCUAAAGCACCUGGCCUCAUUCCUAAUGAAGAAUUCACUAAUGUAGCUGUAAAAAUGCUGAAGGAAGAAGCAUCUGCUGAUUUACUAGUUGACUUUGAACGAGAAGCAUGUCUCCUUUCAGAAUUUGACCAUCCUAAUAUCGUGAAACUCUUGGGUGUUUGUGCUCUGGGACGUCCCAUGUGUCUUUUAUUUGAGUAUAUGGGCCGAGGAGAUUUAAAUGAAUUUCUUCGCUCUUGCUCUCCAGGCAACUAUAUUGUACGAAACGCUGAAAGAGAUGAUACCUUUACCGAUUCUCGUUUAUCGCACAUGGAUUUAAUAAACAUAGCGCGGCAAAUCGCCUCUGGCAUGGUAUACUUAUCAGAUAGAAAGUUUGUGCAUCGAGAUUUGGCUACACGAAAUUGUUUAAUCGAUGAUACCAUGAUAGUGAAAAUAGCAGAUUUUGGAUUAUCACAGAAAAUUUAUCUGCAGGAUUAUUAUAAAGGAGAUGAACAAGAUGCUAUUCCAGUGAGAUGGAUGCCAUUAGAAAGUAUCUUAUAUAAUAAAUACACAGUAGAGUCAGAUGUCUGGGCUUUUGCUGUUUGUUUAUGGGAAAUCUUUAGCUUUGCACUUCAACCUUACUAUGGAAUGACACAUGAAGAGGUUGUCAAGUAUAUUAAGGAAGGUAAUGUGUUGCUAUGUCCAGAAAAUACUCCUCUGUCCAUUUACAAUCUCAUGAAACUUUGCUGGAAUAGAAAGUCAACAGAGAGACCCACUUUUAAAUUUAUUCAAGAAACACUUAACAAUAUAAAAUAUGAACUUAAGGCUGAAAACAGAUCGAAUAGUGUACCUCUUCGAAUACAUCUUUGAACUCUCUUUUGUGAAAAAGAAAAUGCAAUUUAUUAUCUCUUAAUUCUUAAUAAAUAAGACAUUCUUUUUUA